AUGUCAAAGGAGAAAUUCCUGUUCUUGCCCCGCUACUACCCCACAGAAGAUGUUCCCCGUAAACUGAGGAGCCACGGGAAGAAACCCUUCAGCCAGCACAAGAGGAAGCUGCGCAGCUCCAUCACCCCAGGAACUGUCCUCAUCCUGCUCACUGGCCGCCACCGUGGAAAGCGUGUGGUGUUCCUGAAGCAGCUCUCAAGUGGUCUCCUGCUUGUCACUGGCCCUCUUGCGCUAAACAGAGUACCCCUGCGCAGGGCUCACCAGAAGUUCUCCAUUGCCACCAACACCAAAGUUGACAUCACUGGCAUGAAGAUCCCCAAAACUCUGAACGAUGCCUACUUCAAGAAGAAGAAGCUGAGGAAGCCCCGCCACCAGGAGGGAGAGAUCUUCGAUACAGAGAAAGAGAAGUACCAGCUGACCGAGCAGAGGAAAGAGGACCAGAAAGCGGUGGACGCUCAGCUCCUGCCCCUCAUCAAGAAAGUACCUCAGCUCAAAGGAUACCUUCGCUCUUCCUUCAGCCUGUCUAAUGGAGUCUUUCCACACAAGCUGGUUUUCUAAAUGUGUUGUAAUAAACAGUACCACCAUCUAA